AUGCAGAGUGCGUUAGACAGCGUGAAAAAGAGAAUUGAAGUGUCUGGUGAGGACGAUAAAGAGCUCGUGGCUGAUCUGGAGACCCGGUUACAAGAACUUGAGCAAGCGAACGAGUCGGUGACGAGCGACGAAAAACGAGCUGUUAUUGAAGGCAUUCUCGGCGCUGACGCAGCAGGCUCUAGCUCGUCUACAGCCGCUUCGACAGCAGCAGCACCCAGUCCUGCUUCGUCAACCCCGUCGUCGAUUCUCAAAGAGGCCGUGCUCAAUUCCCUGGGUCAGGCCAACGAUAUCAGCUCGCUCGUCCGCAAACGCCCCGACAAAAAACGUGCUACCCCCACCGUCUCAACAGACGAGCCCAGCUCCAAACGGGCCAAAGAAGAGUAA